UUUUCUCGUACACGGUAUUCUCGACUGUGCGCUUUUUUUGCAUGUCUGAUUUUGUGAUUUUGUGAGUCCAGCUUCUUGUUUUCACAAUCAGGGAGUUAGAGAAUCUGAGAUCCAUAUGCAGGUGGUGUGUUUCGAAGUCCUGUAUAAUCGACAAAGUGAAUACCUAGUACCUGCUAGCUUCUUCCAUUUUAUUCAGUCCAACCCAGCCUCAACUCAAAAUUAAUCGUCUACUGAAAAGUGCCCUUUGUAGAUUGUCCAUCAUUCGACAAUGACUCUCUUCCAUUUUGGCAAUUGCCUGGCGCUUUCGUAUGCUCCAUACUUCAUUGCAUACCGGUACUCCUCUCUACCAGAGUAUAACGCCUUCUGGAAAUGUCUGCGAGCGGGACUUGCUUAUCUAGCAACUCAAGCAGUGAAAAUGGUAGUACUGGCCACAUUCUUUGCAUCAUCGGAAGGUGUAAAUGGCAACAGUAAAAUUGAUUUUAACGUGGAAGUUAUGAAGGGUACCAUGGAUUUGCUAGAUUUUUUGGGUCUGUACGUGAUCAUGCAGCGUCUACGUGUGACGGGUCAAGGAGAGCUGAAAAUAUUAGCUGUUGGCCUGGGCUGGGGCUGUGCUGAGCUUCUAUGUACUCAGUUGUUACCUCUGUGGGUACAAGCAAGAGGUACAGAAUUUACCUGGGCUAAUGUGCAGACAGCAUUGGACAGCAAUAUCGGACUGAUUCAGCAUCUUACGCGUGCCGGCCUGGUGUGGCUGUGGAUGCGUACGGACUUGAAAAAGCGCUUCCUGCCACUCGUCGUUGUACUGAUGGCUGUGCUCAACUAUCGCAGUAUGCAGUCUCUGGCAUUGCUGCUGCUCACCGAUGACGUGUGGAUGCAAUUGCUGGCCAAGUUUGUUUAUUCGGUCGUUGCCAGCUCGAUCACGUUUGUCCUCUUUCUCACAGUGAUAGCGAAGUAACAGCUGAGCUGAGACUUGACAUAGCCAUCUGGACAUGAAACUCUGAAACUCUGCACAGUAUGUGGAUUUGUUGUGAUAGUAUAUUCUUCACAAUAAAAUACUGCGACAGAGCUAUCGCAACAGAGCUAUCGGCCUUACUAUAUGUAGUAUAGUACAUUCUUCUUUUGUUGUCCUUUUUUGCACAUUCUCAUUUCUGUUAAUUUGAGGAUUUAGGUAACCCGCACACCAUUUGCACAUAGCAGCAGGCGCUGCUUAGAUCUAUCUGAGCGAUGUCUCAUGAAACGUCUGUAGAAUAAUACCCCUGUCAUCGACUUUGUACAUAACUUUCUCAGCUUUGUAGUAUUUUUUACAAAUUUCAAAUGUUCCUCACGGGAUCGUGCAAUUGCCUGUUGGAUUUGGUACCUUGCGCAGUAAAAGCGCUAGGAGUUGAUGGACACAGCUGUCUUGUACAUAAUGUAUGUGCUCGUCUUUGGCUUGCUCAGGAUUUCUUUUAUCAGGACACCAUAAUGUCUUCACCACCGCUAACUCUUCUGCUUGUAUUUCAUGUGCCAGCAAGGUACACGUGAAGGUACACGUGAAUGUCCAGUUUGUACCCCCCUCCGAAUGACUCGCUGGAGAGUAUGAUUGCACUUUGACUGCAUUUCUCAUGCUAAUCCUCUACUUUCGGAUUAUUUUGAAACAACCAUAGCAUCGUGAA